AACAAACGUUUCAAUGACUAGGAGAUUUCCUGUACGUUUGUCCAUCAUUUAUUGAGAAAUAAUUUUUACAAAAUGGACUUAGUUAAAGUUUGUAGCAAGGCAUUGGUGGUAGCCAAGCCGAAAGGAAGUCUUGGACCAGAGAAAAAGAAAGUCAAUGUUCUGGAUGAAGAGAAAUACACAGAGGAGCUUGAAAAGAUCAUUGAGAAAGAUUUCUACCCCGACUUACCAAAGAUGAAGGCCCAGUCUGAGUAUUUUGAAGCACUUGAAAACAAUGAUUUAGUAAAAUUAAGGGAGCUUGAGAUGAGAUACUCUAAAAGACCGGACACUGUCAAUUCUGUGUUUUCCUCCCCAGCAAAUUUUGAUACACCAGACAGAGGGGAAAGACCUCGAACAAGACGACCAGACACAGGGCAGAGCCAUGUAUCACACAGUAGAGGUGAAGAAAAAACUACAAAUGAUGAAAAGCCAGAGGUCAAAGUUCACCUCGAUUCAUUUCUGUCAAAGAACACGAGUGAAGAUAACGAUUCAUUUAAACUAAUCUUAGAAGAGGCGGACAAAAAACAUAAGGAAAAACAUGCCUGGCUGUUCGAGAAUGAAGUGAACAGAACACAGGAAGAAGAAGAUAGACUGGCAUUACCAAACAUUGAACAACAAGCUGCUAUCACAGAUGGUAAAGCUGGGGUUGACACGUGGAAAUACAAAACUAGGAAUCACGUCAUGUAUAUACCAGAAGGGGAAGAUCUCAGCUCAAUUGAACUCUUAGAAUUGAAAAAGAAGAAACCUCGGAAAAUAUUUCAUGAAAACACUCGCUUUCAUUUAAAUCCAUGGAACACUCAAAGAAGUAAAGAAAUGAUUAAACAAGCCGCUUCAGAGAAAACUAUGCAGCAUUCUGGGAGAAUAGGGCAUGAUGGGAAGGAACUGGAAAUUGGCAUGACGCCAAAAGUGAAUGGGUAUGGUUUUGUAGCCACGCCCUCCCCGGCCCCAGGAGUUGACGAGUCUCCACUGAUGACGUGGGGAGAGAUUGAAGGGACUCCGUUUCAGCUGGAUCCCAGUGAAACUCCACUGGUACCCUCAGAUGCUCCAGCCUUUAAGAUACCAGAUGUUCCAAAGAGAGACCAGUUAGCUAUUGAAUUAGCGGAGAAGUCUAGUCGACAACAUCGAGAUAAGAAGAAAAACGCUCUAAUGCUUGCUUCCAGACUGGCGAGCCCUAUACAAGGCCACAACAGGAAGAGUUCAUUAGAGAGGAUCAGUUCAUUAUCCCCUGCCGCACAACGUUUACUAGGCAGCCGUAUUGGUGUUCGAACGGGUACAGACAAAGCCCUGCGAGAAAGUUACUCCCCGUCUCCCUCACAUAGACACUCUGGGUACAAAACCCCAAAAUUGACUCCGAAACUUACCCCGAAAUCAAAAACUCCAUCCAUGUCAACGCCCAGCGGAAGUUCUACCCCAGGAAGUGCUACCCCUGGAAGUGAGCGCGGAGAAAGUGCGACACCGUUCUUGACGGACAAUUUAUUACAGUUACCCAAGAAACGGCUUAGUAAUGAGGAACCUUUAAAUGAUGGGAAAAAACGACUAAGAGCAACAGAUUUCUUCUGAAGAAACAAAUGUUAUUCACCCGUCGUCUUUCUUGUGAAAUUUCCUUAGGAAAAGGAUGUGAACUCCGAGAGAUAAAAGCUUAAGAUUAUAGCCUAUGACUUAUAUUCACAAAUACAUUGUGAAAAGUUUCAUUGGCUAAGUAGUCGGAGAUUUAAGCCUCCGACAUAAAUUCUGUAGAAAAUAAUGGUUGGAGUCAAAUCAUCUGAAAAUACAUGUAAAAGUUUUGGUGUAAUAGGGUUCUUGAGAUUUGUGUAUUCUUUUGAAAUUUGAAGAUCAUAUUUGGCUAUUGUAACUGAUGAUUAUCUUCAAAGUUCAGAAAAUGACCCCAGCAGCUGGGUCCAAGUUUAUAAAAAAUUUACUUAUGCCUUAAGUCAGAUCUCAGGCAUUUGAUUGGUAAAAACCAGCAUAGAAUGUAUAUUGAUGAAUGAAAAUCCAGAGAUAUCAGACCGAUCUCAGAAAAAGGUUUUAUUAUCUCCAGACCCUAUCAUAGAAAAUUUUAUGUUUCAAAGAAAUGAUUUUGUAGCAAAAGUAUAGUUUAUUGUCUAUAAACUCGCACUUUAUGUCUUGUGAUUCAUGUAUACGAUGCAUUGUCAGUAAAUGAUUAAAAGCUAUAAAG